AUGUCCGCUACAGUUUUUCUUUUAAUUGCGAAUAUCGUUCAGUUCUUGGCCAACCUUGGGGAUAUCGUGUAUCCACCCCUUGGGAUUCUUGUGACGUUUUGGACGCUUCGACGAACUUGCUCUGAGGACAACGCCACAAUUAAUUCGACAGCACUUCAGACAGUUUCCGAGUUUUCCCCGACUUCGAUCGAUUCAUCCAUCGUUCCGACGCCAGAAGAACCUCCCGAGAAUUGGGUUAAGGCUUGCAGAACGGCUUUGAAGCAGAUACUGGAGAACCUAAACGAUAUAUUGCAGAAGGGUUUGCUGGAUGGCGGGGACACGAAGGAGAGAUUUAUGCAGCUCAUUGACAUGCAGGAAAGGCAGGUAUCGAGAAUGCCUCUCCGCCUUGUCGAUGGAAUAGCCCCCGAUAUCCGGCGCAAUACCGUGCAUGUUUUGAUAGAACUAGAACAAGAUGUAGAUGAUUUUGUAAACACCAUCGAACGAUCUAGGCUGAAGCGUGAAGCACGCUGUGAUGAGCUUUCUGAUGCGGAGAGCGGAUUUCUUAGCCCACUUUGGGCCCGGCCGUCGUCAAAGAAUAAAGCUCACAGACACGAGCCCGAGUCGGAAACCCCUUCGGAACUCCCUGCUGUGGCAGAGCACGGUUCGAUGGCCCCAGUAUGGUCUCAUGACAUGCAUUCAGGAACCUCCAAUGUAGAAACUGGUUCGUCCAUUUGCGACCAGCACUCCCCUCAAGGUGCCUCAACAAAGCUUGAUGACACGGAGGACCAUGAUGAAGUACAGCAAUCAGUUGCAUGGCGAGGGCGCUUUCUAUUUUAUGAUGGAACUUCAGAGAUGGAUGUCGUUUCAUAA